ACAGAUGAACAUUUUAACACCUGAUUUAAAUAAACAAACUAAAUUAAACUGCACCGAUAAAUGAAACUUUGGAACUUGGUUUAUUACUCCACAUUGAUAAGUUUCGGACCAUGUUGGACAAACAAAACGUUGUCUCGACUCUCACUCCAAUCUUUUCCUUUGUCUCCGUUAACCGACCAACGGAAAAUGUCUCUCACUAUUUCCAAAACUUCAUGCGGUCGCGAAUACAAAGUUAAGGACAUCUCCCAAGCCGACUUCGGCAGACUCGAAAUCCAGCUGGCGGAAGUGGAGAUGUCCGGUCUCAUGUCCUGUCGAGCCGAGUUCGGUCCAGCUCAGCCCUUUCAAGGAGCCCGCAUCACCGGCUCCCUCCACAUGACCAUCCAAACCGCCGUUUUAAUCGAAACGCUCACGGCGCUCGGCGCCGAGGUCCGUUGGUGCUCCUGCAACAUAUUCUCCACGCAGGACCACGCCGCGGCGGCCAUAACACGUGACUCCGCGUCUGUCUUCGCGUGGAAAGGCGAGACUCUAGAAGAGUACUGGUGGUGCACGGAAAGGGCCUUGGACUGGGGGCCCGGUGGUGGGCCUGACUUAAUCGUGGACGACGGAGGGGACGCCACGUUGCUUAUUCAUGAAGGUGUCAAGGUAGAAGAGGAAUAUCAGAAGACGGGGAAGCUGGUGGACCCGACGGUCAGUCACAACGCAGAGUUUAGAAUCGUUUUGGAGAUAAUAAGAGAAGGUUUGUUGAUCGACCCAUGGAGAUAUCGGAAAAUGAAGAAGAGAUUAGUCGGUGUUUCUGAGGAGACCACUACAGGCGUCAAGAGAUUGUAUCAGAUGCAAGCAAAUGGAACCCUGUUGUUUCCCGCCAUUAAUGUUAACGAUUCCGUCACCAAGAGCAAGUUUGAUAACUUACAUGGGUGCCGGCAUUCACUCCCUGACGUAGUGAUGAGAGCCACCGAUGUGAUGAUAGCCGGUAAGAUUGCAGUUGUGUGUGGAUAUGGAGAUGUUGGAAAGGGCUGCGCCACUGCUCUCAAGGCAGCUGGUGCCCGCGUAAUCGUGACAGAAAUCGAUCCAAUUUGUGCUCUUCAAGCUCUCAUGGAAGGCAUUCAAGUCUUAACCCUGGAAGACGUCGUUUCAGAAGCUGACAUUUUUGUUACCGCCACAGGGAACAAGGACAUCAUCAUGAUUCAUCACAUGAAACAAAUGAAGAACAAUGCAAUGGUGGGUAACAUGGGCCAUUUCGAUAACGAGAUAGAUAUCCGCGGAUUGGAAACUUACCCGGGUAUUAAGCGAAUCACGAUUAAGCCACAGACUGACCGGUGGAUCUUCCCGGAGACCAACAAUGGUAUCAUUGUUCUUGCGGAGGGACAUCAUAUGAAUUUGGGAUGUGCAACUGGACACCCCAGUUUUGUAAUGUCGUGUCAGUUCACAAACCAGGUGAUUGCGCAGAUUGAGCUGUGGAAGGAGAGGGGAACGGGGAAAUAUGAGAAGAAGGUGUAUGUUCUGCCUAAACAUCUUGCUGAGAAAGUUGCUGCACUUCAUGUGGGAAAGCUUGGUGCUAAACUUACGAAGCUUACUUCUGAACAAGCUACUUAUAUUAGUGUUUCUGUUGAAGGUCCUUACAAGCCUCCUCACUAUCGCUAUUAGUUUGCAGAGGGCGUUAUUUCUUGUGUUUGUUAAC